AUGAAGCAAUCGACACGCAUUCUCGGCCUUCUGGCGUUGGUUGCUAUAGCGUUCAUCGGUUCGUCGGUAGCCAACGACGCCUGCAAGGGCGUUCCGACUGGAUACUUCGUGCGCGACAAAACCAACUGCAAGGGGUAUUACUACUGCCAGAAUGGAACUCCAACGCACAACCUGUGCCCGGGAGGGUACUAUUUCAACGAGUUGGCGCAAAUGUGCGACUUCGCGGACAAGGUUAGCUGCCACAUCUGCCAGCAGCAAACCGGUAUGCAGGUGGCGAUCCAUCCCCAGAACUGCAGCCAAUUCAUCAUGUGUUCCGAAGGAUACUCCACCGUUGGGCAGUGCGCCGAGGGCUUCCAGUUCGACUCCCAGCAGCGGGCGUGCAAUCCGGCCAAGCGGGUCACCUGUAAAACGGUGCGCUGCCCCACGCAAAGCAACCCAGGCAAAAUCGUCUAUCUGCCCGGUGUGGAGAGCUGCGAGGAGUACUUCAUCUGCCAGUCGGGCACAGCCAUCCGGAAGUACUGCGCCCCCGGACUAUAUUGGGACGCUGCCAAAGAGCGGUGCGACUUGGCGCAGAAAGUGUCCUGCAAACUCUAA